AUGCUUUCCGUAGCAUCCCUCCUCAACCCCGUCAAGCCAGAGCCGCGAGGUACACGACUUCCCUCAAGUCCUCUAUCAUCGCUCUGUACCUCAUCUCGUGGUAGCCCUCAGCUGCCAAAUCAGUCAUCGACCAAGAAGCAGAAAAUGUCUAAGGAUGGCCCUGUUUUUGUCAAGGGAAAGAUCAAGGGCGAAGUCAACUUCCCACCAUUUCAAAAUCUUGGCAGGGAAGCGAUGGAAGAAGUCGAGAAAUUCCAAGUUUACCCCUUUGGGACAAUUGACGAAUAUUGCCGACACAUUCCCUACAACAGCGAGAAGAAAAACUUCCUUGAGAAGACUGGCCGAGAAAGCUUCGAAGGUAUGCUAAUCUUUAUUCGAAUAUUCUCCAUGGCCUGCUCAUUUUGAUUGCAGUGUUCCAGUACACAUUUAAAAUCCCUGGUGACGAGAAGGCUUACAUGGUUAUGUGGGAUUACAACAUCGGCCUUGUGCGAAUAACACCUUUCUUCAAGUGCUGCAAAUAUUCCAAGGUACGUGUACUUGGACAUCAGCUAUCGCAAGACUGACAUUUUAUACGAAGACGAUGCCUGCGAAGAUGUUGAGUAUGAACCCUGGUCUCAAGGAAAUCACGCAUAGCAUCACCGGAGGUUCUUUAGCUGCACAGGGUAAGUUGACAGGCUUCUCAGGGUCUUCGAUCUAAUUAGCUCCAGGUUAUUGGAUGCCAUUUGGCUGUGCUCUCGCGGUCUGUGCAACCUUUUGCGCCGAUAUUGCGGGUGCCCUGAUCCCGAUUUUCGGACCAGAUUUUCCUUCACAAUGUGUCCCACCCGAAGCCCCCGAAUGGAAGCGUAUGACUAUCGAUCCAGCAAUUGUUGUCCAAGCUACUGAGGAAGCUGAAAGAUAUCGUAUGCAUUACAGCAUGCAAUCCCCAAAGUCCAGCCGCAGCAGCUAUUCGCCUCAGCAAAGAGUAUAUGAGCCAUCGUUGAGUAUGCGUAGUACACCUUCCAACAAUCUCGAGAGACGUCUACGUUUGAAGAGACCCUUCGGUGGCGACAGUCCAUAUGGCACAACAACAGAUACCGACAUUGAUGGCAAUGCCAGCGAGACGAGCAGUGGAGAUGGGUAUUAUUGCUCGCCUGUUACACCCGUUUCUGUCAACAGUCACAGUCUUCACCACUCGCAAACUUGGCAGUCACUCAACACAACUUCUCACCUUGCAAACUCCUCGGUCAACCUUCAGUCCCACAGGCUCGUUCCAGGUUCUAAUCCUCUUCUGAGCGCCAUCCCACGAUCUACGGGUCUUAUCGAUGUCCAUAUGAGUAAUUCGUGGACAGCCAUCAAGCGUAGGGCUGAUGAUGCUGACGAUGAGUAUGAGGCUGAGAGCCCAAGUGUUGCCGACGAAAAGGUGAGCGAUGCUGGAAAGUCGCCCGAUAAAGAGAUGGAAGAUGCAGGGAGAAACGGAAGCGCACCAGGGGGCGUCGAGCAGAAUGCAGCAAUGCUAUUGAUGAACCUUAACAUGAAAGAUGGAGAGUAUGCCAGCAACUUGGCUGCGAAAGUGGAUUCAAUGGUUUCCGACGGGCCACGAGUUAAGCGAAGGAGAGCCACAUCGAUGUGAGGCACCUCAGGGAUUCGUUGUACAAGCAACGCCCUGAAGGACUAGAGAACAUUUUUUGUUGCGCAUAAUACUGCAUUUGUUGAAUGGCAUUUUGUUUGGAGUUUUUGGCCGUCAAUUAGGGGAUAGGAAUGGUGGAUAGGAAAGGUAUUGUCUAA